UUGGCUGAGCGCGGCUCGCAGAGCAACGUGAUUGGCUGUCAGAUUCCAGACCCAGAUCCCUGCUGCAGCGCUCUCGCGUUUAGGGUUUGAAUGGUGACAGACAGAGGGCCGCGUUCAUGUGUGGUGAUCUUUGGCCUCUUCCGAAAGAUCAAACGGGCGGGUCAACACGAUGAAAUUAGGCGAACGUUUUCGGACAGUAGAGAGCGUAAAGAUACCGCACUGCGUGCAGGAUUAGAUGACAGCAAGCGAGCGAGCUCUGCCAACCCAGUUACUCGAGCGGACAUUGCGUGUGAAUGCGGUGACAGUCAACAGCGUCCUCCCACCCUGCUUUAUAUAAUGGAAGAUCGCAUACAUAUAUGAUGUGCUGCUGAUGUACACGGGCUAACAUACGGGCGCUGGAAACGGAUAAUACACGAGGAGGUGUAGCGUGGAGGGUUGAGUGCACUUCGCGACGCCUCAGCUCAUCCCGAGACUGUUGUUUCUCGCCUAUGUUACUGUGAAACUCGAGCAAUGGCGAGGCACACGGCAGUCGGGGCUAGAGCAGUUUGCCCUGCUUUCAACAGCUAGCCUUCCGCGGGUGGCCACCUAACCAGCUCUAGAAGGACUAGCUGACUCCUGCGGCAACGCGAGCUCCGCGCAGGUGCUGUCUGUACGAGGCGAAGCUGGCGGCGCUCCGGUUAGAGUCGGAGGAGAAGGAUCUGGGCGCCAUGGCGUGGGUGCUGAAGAUGGACGAUGCUACCAUCGAGUCUGGGCUAGUGCACGACUUCGAUGCCAGUUUGUCUGGCAUCGGCCAGGAGCUCGGGGCUGGCGCGUACAGCAUGAGUGAUGUGUUGGCUCUGCCCAUCUUUAAGCAGGAAGAUGUUAGCGUCCCUGUGGAGUCUGACACCAAGAAUCCUCCGUUUCAGUAUGUGCUGUGUACCGCCACGUCCCCUGCUGUUAAACUGCACGAGGAGACGCUCACCUACCUAAACCAAGGCCAGUCGUAUGAGAUCCGAUUGCUUGAUAAUAGGAAAAUAGAGGAGAUGCCUGAACUCAACAACAAGACUGUUAAGGUGAGAGAUUGUGUGUGUUUUAUCAGUGCUGUGCACUUGUGGUUUUGUGUGGUGUGGUAUUCAGUGAAUCUACAACAACUUGGCAAAAUUAAUUAUAUGUUGACAGUUCAUUGCAUCAGUACAGAGUUCACCCCGCGGAAACACGGUGGAGAGAAAGGAGUUCCGUUCCGGAUCCAGAUUGACACUUUUAAACAAAAUGAAAGCGGAGAGUACACCGAGCACCUGCACUCCGCCAGCUGCCAGAUCAAAGUCUUUAAGCCAAAGGGAGCAGACAGAAAACAAAAAACAGACCGAGAGAAGAUGGAGAAAAAGACAGUGCAGGAGAAAGAAAAAUAUCAACCCUCUUAUGACACCACUAUUUUGUCAGAGACUCGAUUGGAGCCUGUGAUUGAGGAGGCUGUAGAACAUGAGCUAAAGAAAUCCAGCAAGCGGACACUACCUGCAGACUGUGGCGAUUCCAUCGCCAAAAGCAAAAGAGGAAGUUGCUCUCCAUGGCCAGAUAAUGCAUACGUCAACCCCAACACAGCAGCUACACCGACCUUCACCUCCAGCACACACACCUACAGCCCUAACAGCACAGUACCAGACAGUGAGUCGUCUUCACCUAACCAUCAAGGGGAUCUUGGUAGCCUCAUGUCUAUGGAGUCUCUGAGUCCCACAGCAUCUAUACAGGACACACAGAAGUGGCUGCUUAAGAACAGAUUUAACUCAUACAGUCGUAUUUUCACCCAUUUCUCAGGUUCUGAUCUACUGAAAUUAACUCGUGAGGAUUUAGUCCAAAUUUGUGGUGCAGCUGAUGGAAUCAGACUCUACAAUGCACUAAAGUCAAGAGCAGUGCGUCCCAGACUCACAGUUUACGUGUCCCUGGAGGCGUCUCAGAGUGAGAGCCCUCUCCUGGAGAAACGUGGCCACAGCAAAAACGGCGAACACAGCAGUCCAACAUCCAUACCUGUUUACCACGCUCUUUACCUUGAGGAGAUGACGGCUUGCGAGCUAACUAGGAAAAUCUCCAGUGUCUUGGCACUGCCACUGUCCCACAUCAACCAAGUCUACAAACAGGGGCCCACAGGGAUACACAUACUACUCAGCGACCAGAUGGUUUAUAACUUCCCAGAUGAGAGCAGUUUUAUUGUCAGCACAAUACAAGAUGACACCAGUGAUGGAUUUCACCUGGUCCUGAAGUAGAGCUGCUGCAAGCAAUGUGAAGCAGAGUGUGAUGACAUCUCAAGGCCUCCAUACUGCCAUUCUUGAGCAUUGAACAUGUUCCCUCCAUCCUCCUCUCUCUUCCUUUCCUCAUCUCUCUCUCUCGUUCUUCACGUCUCGCACGUCGGAGGAGAGAGAGAUUGCUGGGGUUGGGCAGGGCCUCCUAACUGUUAGAAUCUGACUUCAGUGUGUAAAUUGUUUCAUAUUGAAAACACUUAAACUGAUGCCAGUGUGUGUGAGCAGUGGGCUUUUAAGUAUGCGUGCGAGUGCGUUUUUAAAGGUUGAAUCGGGAGGGAUGGAGGUGGGCAGAAACCGCAAGGAAGUGGAGGAGAAUUGUGACCACUUUUACUUCAGCAUGGUGUUCAUGGAAGAAUCUAAGCAUCCGGCGCCGCGAUAAGGCUAUGCUCAGACUCUGUCUUCACUUUGCUAAUUAUGAACGUACAGUACUUACUUGAGUUUGUCUGCCUUUUGUCUGCGAGUUGUCAACCGUUUCGCUUCCUGCCCCUUCGGAUUGGCCUGCAGACGCUAUCACAAACCCCUCGGUAGAUAGUAAUGACCUCUUUUUCAAAUGUGGGGAAACGCGUACUGACUUAGGCAUGCGCAGGACGUCUUUGUCUGUCUGGCUGAAAUAAUUCCUUGAGUUUGAGUACGGUGCCCUGCAGCUAGCGUGAGGUUGUGAGACUCAAGUUUCGGCUGUAUCCUACUCUCGUAGAUGACAUUGUCAAUGCUGAUAUCGUUUUCCAAUUCCUCUCUCAAGACCAAUCGUUUCUGGUGCCAUUGUUUCUGUUGACUAGAUUCUGUUAGUUUCUUAGCAUUUACUUUGUGCUUAGUGGGAUGAAUUAAGUGUCACCUGGUUCCACAUGUUUAGAAUUAAAUGAUGGUUUAAUGGUUUUUAGAUUGUGAUUGUUGUGCUUCGUAUUCUCUGUGCCCAGUAACUGCGUACCUGCCCUUUAUAGUAGCUCCUGGCACAGAUUAUAACACGAUUAUUGAUAAAUGUGCACAAUCACAUGCAGCCAUAAAUUAUAUUUCCCAUAAUGCCUUUGCUUUCUAUUAUCUUAAUUUUUUGACCUAGGAUAUGACUUCGGCUGGUGCUUUUCUAAAUGCACACGUGGUUUACCGUCAGCUGCUCCAGUUAAACCUAGCCAUCAUGGCUGCAGUCAGCAAGCCUUUUUUUCAAUCUUUUUUUCCUUCUUAAAUAGAGACUGACUCAAUAGGUCUUCUAUCUUAGUAGACAUGUAUUGGGCAGCUGUGCUUUGGCAUGUACUGUGCUUAUUAUUGCUACUUUAUAGAGGAGCAUGGUUGUAAGAAUGUUGACUCCUUUUAAUUCUCAUAAAAAGAAAAAAAAAAAAAAGGGAAUGA